GAGGCUAGCCCCAAACUAGCCUCGGUCCCAGGCCGAUUUUUUUUUAAUAGAACGAAAUUGAAAAAUACGGCCUGGUAUUGAUUGUAUCUGGGCGUGGCAGGAACCGGAAACCAAAGCAGAGUCUUUACACUUUGUUUCCUGUCAUAUUUCACCGUAUAAGUUUAAUACCGUAAUUUAGCUCCGUGUAUGCUCUGAAGUAACUGAAAUCUAGCCAUAGAUUAUCUAGCUAGCUAGCUACUGCAAGUUUAAGUUGUUCAGAUUAACGUAUACAUUGUCUGCUUCACAAGAAGGCCCCACUCUCAUUGCAGAACAGGCCCAGCUCUUGUCAGAAGGAAGAAACGUCUUUGCCAUGGUUUUCAACAUGGUAUGGCAAGUCUCUUGCUUUCACUCACUGCCCUUUGUGAUGGACUACAAACUAGUAAGUAGGACCAACACUGCCGGCCCAUAUAUAUCAUGUAGAUAGGUGUGUUGUUCUUGCAAAUCUCUCUGCUUCUUGUUUUUUGGUUCCUAACCACGCCCAGAUACAAUCAACACCAGGCCUAGCUAGAAACAACUCGGGCUGGAAUCGAGGCUAGCCCCAAACAUGCUCUGCAUGCGCCUAGUAGUAUGAUAUUCAUUGAUUUGUGACAUCACAAAUCAUCUUGUUGUUAUUUGCUACAUCCAAAGGUCAUGUGAUGUGCAUCUACCCAAUUGGUUGGUCAAAUAGUGUCCAGGGGCGUGGCAAUUGAGCUUACUACGUAGCCAAAUCGUAAAAAGAUGAAAAUUGACAAGACUGGCCACUGCAAUUAAUUAACAACAUUGUCAACAUGAGUAUCAUGUUUGGUGUGACUGACAGGACUGCUCAAGGUAGUCCUCGUUGGAAGCUGGUGAGAGCAUGCAGGGAAGGUGAUCUGGACAUGGUGAAACAACUGUGUGAAAAGGACUACCCAUUUGAAGGAUCAGAGCCAAAUGUUCCUCUGCAUGAAGCUUGUUGGAGUGGGCAUUUGAAUAUUGUGAAGUACCUGGUUGAAAGGAAGCAAUGUAAUGUUUACAACCAGUUUGGAGGAAGCUCAAGGGGAGGAUGGACAGUUGUUCAUUCAGCUUGUGCGUAUGAUCAAUUACAUAUUGUGAGGUAUUUUAUUGAGGAACGAAGCUGUAAUGUGAACAUGACCAAUGAUUGCGGGUGGACCCUACUACACACCAGCUCCUGGGGUGGAAGUGUGAAGGCCGUGAAGUACCUCAUUGAAGAGAAAAAUUGUAUUGUUGGUUGUACUGACAAUAACGGAUAUACCCCACUACAUUGGGUGUGUUGGUCAAUGGAUAUGGAUACAGAUCGAAAACUUGAAGUAAUGAAAUACCUUUUAAAGUUACCUGAAUGUGACCCAACACAAAGAGAUAACCUUGGAAUGACUGCUCUUCAAUUCCUAUCAACGUGCACUGACAUUGGUGCAAACAAAAACCUGGCUAUACAGUUGCUACUUAAUCACAAUGCCACACUACCAGAUGAAUCCUGGGAAACGUCAGUGAAUCAACAACCUCCUGAAGCAUACACCAAAUUGUUUCUAAUGGGCUUUCCAGGAACAGGGAAGAGUACACUUGCUAAAUCGAUCAAAACUGACGUUGAAGAUGAUGUGAAAAGCCUCGCUCAUCAAUUCAAGAAAGUUUGUGAUGUUAGUAAAAAUACAAGUGGCAUUGUUCCAAGCGACAUUGAGAGCAAGAGGUUUGGUUUGAUGACAAUCUAUGAUCUCGCAGGUCAUAGUGAGUUCUAUGCCAGUCACGAUUUCGCCUUGAGAAGCAUUUUAGCAGGGUCUCCUUCCUCCAUCAUACUUCUAGUCGCUGAUAUAAGCACUAAGCAGGAUUCUCUUCGUAAAGCUAUCUUACAUUGGUGCAAUUUUGCUUCUAAUCUUUUUGACUGUCAAUCAAAUGACAAACCGUUUCUAUUUAUCAUCGGUAGUUACGCUGAUAAAGUGUCUGUGAAAGAUAUUGAGUCCUGUAAAGUUAUAAUUGAGAGUCUCACAUCCAGAAGAUUAUUCUCAACAUUUCAGCUGCAUUCUUUUAUUGCUCUCGAUUGUCGAUACCCUCUGUCAGCAGAUAUGACCCAGCUGCGCUCUCAUAUAGCAGACUGUUGCCAGAGCAUAAAACAACAGCAAGAAAUUAAUAUUCAGCAGCAUUGCUUUCUUGUUGGAAUUAUAAGUGAAUUUGGUCAUAGAGAUGCCUUCACCAUUGCUGAAUUAUUCACCCAUGCUGAACAAUCAUCUAUCACUUCAUAUUUCUGCAAAUUUAUCUGUGAAUUAGAGCAUAACACCAUUGUGAAAAUGUGUAUCAAGCUCAACAUGCGAGGAAACAUUCUUUUUCUUCGAAACCAGUGCAGUUCAAUCGAUAGUUGGAUAGUGCUCAAAAAAGAUGUUUUAUUAAAACGAAUUUGUGGAUCAAUUUUUGCUCCUGAUUCAUUUGAGGACCAUAAACCUUUGGCUUCUGACACUGGCAUUGUUCCUGCUUUCAAACUUGCUGAGGAGUUUCCUGAUGUUGACACCAAGUUGAUUAUCUCUAUCAUGUCUCAUUUUCAGUUUUGCCAUGAAGUUACUGACCCUGAGAUCCUUGAUCAGCUCUCGGUUGUAUCCUCUGCUAGUACCAAAUACCUUUUCUUUCCAAGCUUAGUCACUGUCACAAUACCUCAAGGAAUUUGGGAUCCUCAAAGCCAAUUUUCACAUCAAUCUGUGUGGAUUAUGAAAUGUCGAAAUGAUGAGCAAUUUUUCAUAUCGAAUUUUAUGCACGUGACAAUCCAUUGUCUUGCAUUCUCAUUUGCGAUGGCCCCAAGUUCUUCCUCGUUUGCAAAAUUAUCAAUUCAGAGAAGAUGUAAAGUAUGGAAAAACGGUAUCUUUUGGCGAUCUUUGUGUGGUAUUGACAUCAUUGUUGAAGUUGACAGCAAAAGCAUAGCUUUGUAUAUUCGAGCAAGAAAAGAUUGUGAGCUAGAUGCAGUUAAAUUGCGAUCUCAGUUAAUUUCGAGAAUUCUGACCACAAAAUCUGAAUAUUGCAAGGAGGUGGAAGUCAAUGAGUUUUUCGUGAAACCUGAUUGCAUUACUUUCCCCUUGGGUAAUGAUGAUAUUUUUGUCAAUUUGUUAGAAAUUGCACGUUCAAUCUCUACGUGUAAACCUUUUGCAUUUGAUGUAGCUGAUAUGCUUGUUGAAAUUCAAGCCCUUCUUCACUUCGAGCCUUUCUUUGACCUAGGAGAGAGUGUUCUCUGUGAGUUAUUUAACCAAGAUGCCGCUGUGGCUAUAACCAACGAAUUCCUUUUAAAACUCGCUGAAAAGUCCCACCGCAAAAUGAAUGUUUUUGUCAAGGUUUUAGACAUAUCAGAUUAUGCACUGGCAAUAGCUCUCGAAGGUGCUCGACCCUCUAAUGUGGACAAAUUUUAUCGUGUACUUAAGUAUUGGCAGAGUCGACAUCCUACUUACAGUGAAUUGCGCGCCACACUUGCUGAGUAUAGUAUAUUUGUUGGACGCAACCCAUUAGACUGUCAUAAGUUGGACUGAACAUAAUCAUUUUUUUGUACAGUACUAUAAAUUAUAGCCUCGUCCUCUAAUGGAAAAAUCGGCCUGGGGACGAGGCUAGAUCUAGAACAGUAAAUGCAUUGCUUUUUUGCUCUUGAACUAUUUUAUACACUACAGUCUACACAUGCAUUGUAAUUUUGUAUGUCAGUCAUUGUAGAACAACAUUUUUUAUAGACAAUUUCAUGUUCAACAGUAUACAUGUAAUUAUUGAAAUGUACUUAAGAAUUUUGUGUAGUGUUUAUAAAAAAAAAUUAAGUCUGUUAUCUCCGUAAACUCACCAGUCGAGUCGUUUCACAUAAAAAUUAAACAAUUUAAGGACAAAAAAACUUCAUUGUUUCUUGGGCAGUGUUUUUGUGAUAAUAGGUUUAGGUCUAUUCUUAAAUAUGAUCUUUCGGGUAACCAUAGCUACAACUAUGUACUCAGUACUUCGUAACUCUAACCGUUUAGAAUCAGUUUGUUCCCAGUCCAUCGAGUCUGAUUCCAAUUCUGCGGAAUGCUUUUUCAAUACUGCAAAUGGUUUGUCCAGUUUCUCGACCUUCCCAGUUAAAAGGUGGUGUCCAACUAUCAUCUGCGGUGUCCCCUUAUUGUCGAAGUACAGGUCUCCAAUGUGCAUGUUGUCAAAUGACAUCUGGUCCCUAGUUUCCAGCUCUCCCUGGAGCUCAAUCAUGCCCCACUCGUUCACACCAUCAGGAGAAAACUCGAUGAAGAGUUGAA